GUCCGCAGGAGUCCUAGGGAGAGCCAGCUGAGUGAGUACCCACGGGUCACCUGAGUCUGAGGUGGCCCUGGGUCUGAGAGGCGCCCUGCAGCCUGCAGCUCCUUGGGAAAACUCGCAGAGCAAAAACUCCUGUAAAACACAGAUCGAACGUGAGCCGGUCUGCAAGCUGCCACCCUGCCACCAUGAGCAAUAAUUCAACAGACCUCACCACCGGCUACCUCUCCUCUGCUGUAGCAAUCCUCUUGUAUGGCUCCAACUUUGUACCACUUAAAAAAUACGACACUGGUGAUGGGAUGUUCCUUCAGUGGGUGCUCUGUGCUGCCAUUUGGUUGGUUGCCUUGGUGGUCAACUUGACACUACACUGCCCUAAAUUCUGGCCAUUUGCAAUGCUUGGUGGCUGCAUUUGGGCAACAGGGAACAUCGCCGUUGUCCCAAUUAUCAAAACCAUCGGUUUAGGUCUUGGAAUCUUAAUCUGGGGAUCAUUUAACACCUUAACUGGCUGGGCAAGCUCAAGGUUUGGCUGGUUUGGGAUGGAUGCAGAAGACGUGUCCAAGCCAAUGCUGAAUUACUUUGGAGCUGGGCUGUCAGUAGUAAGUGCGCUCACGUUUUUGUUCAUCAAAAGUGAAAUUCCGAAUAACCCAGGCAGCGCGGACCGCACACCACUGAUGGCAGAGCCCGUGAUCAACAGAACCGAAGACCCGUGUGUGGAUUCCUCCUGGGUGGAUAGACUUUCUACCACGUACCAACGCAUUGUUGGCUGCAGCCUUGCGGUAAUAUCUGGAAUACUCUAUGGAUCUACAUUUGUGCCAAUCAUUUACAUCAAGGAUCACAGCACAAGAAAUGACAGCAUCUACGCAGGGGCUAGCCAGUACGAUUUAGACUACGUCUUCGCACACUCCAGCGGCAUCUUUCUUACGAGUACAGUCUACUUUGUGACCUACUGUGUGGUCAUGAAAAAUCAACCAAAGCUGUAUCCUCAGGCAGUCUUACCAGGCUUCCUGUCAGGGGUGCUGUGGGCCAUCGCCACCUGCUGCUGGUUCUUAGCCAACCACUCACUAAGCGCUGUGAUCAGCUUCCCGAUCAUCACUGCUGGUCCUGGACUUAUUGCCGCACUCUGGGGGAUCUUCAUUUUCAAGGAAAUACAGGGUCUCCGGAACUACUUGCUGAUGACGCUUGCUUUCUGCAUCGUCUUGACUGGGGCCUUGUGCACCGCUUUCUCUAAAACGUAGCUAUUCACAGCGAGAGCAGCAGAUGGCGCCAGCGGCCAGGCGAAGCUACCACCGAAGCUAAUGCUACUGUUGAGCAGGGUGGGUCUCUGCCACUCUGGGAAUGACUGGAUACAUGACUGUUUGCUCCACAAAGGAAGAGAGACCGUGUUUCGGUUCGGCGUGUAUGGAAACUCCUUCCGAUGAGCUGUUAACGAAGGCUGGACCUCGCUGGGUGGCUCAAAGGCUGGACCAUCCUCUCUGCCGGUGCUAGCUUCAUCAUUGUCUACUUAUAUUCUAAUCCAGAAAAUAGGAUGGCGUUUGUACAGAGGAAAUCCCAGUUUAUAAUUUAUUAAUAAAGAGGAUAAAAAAUAAAUACUUUCUUGGUUGAGGGAAGAAACACAGACAUACCUUAUGGAAUUUAAUUUCAAAGAUAUCGGUCCCUUUGCCAGCAAAGUAAAUGUCAUAGCUGCUACCUGAAUAUUUAAAAGGCCAGUUCAUUAUUUUUAGCCAAAAAAAUUAUUCCUUUAAUAUUGCUCAGCUCUUUACAUUGCCUGCCCUGCUUAGCUCAAAAUGUUUUGGUAAUUAUUCCAGAUACAACCGCUCCUCAGAAAGCAAGUCACCGCCACUCAUAUGUACAUGUGAUAUAAUGACUACACACACAGUCCCAAGCACUCAUCAUGGCUCCUGAUGUGGACACAUUCUAGAGUUGCUAAAAUAAAAAGUUUUAGUUCAUCGGGUUCAAUCUAAAGGAAGCAGACUUGUUUGACUGCACAGCUUUUUUUUUUUUUCAC